UUUUUUUUGUGUUGUGAGGAAGUCACGUGGUGCUCUCCUCCAAUUACGUGUAGCGGACUCCUGUGCUCCGCUUUCCCAGCAGUUACCGAAAUGUCCGUCUGAGGGGCUCAGCCUGUAGUGAGAGGCCGCGGGAUGUGUGUGGAGAGGCCGGGGAGGAGGAGUCCUGGGUGUGGAGUGUGAGCCGGAUACGGCCUUCCUCUGGAGGAGACACACCGGAUCUGUGUGCUGUACUGGGGGCUCCGCGCUGUGCUGGUGCUGCCAACAUGAUCUCCUUCUACAUUUUCAUUUUUUUUGCCGUCAUUAUCGCUGCAGGUGGGUCUUCUGCCUCGUCCUGCACUUCAAUCAGCCCCCAGACACCUUUCGCAGAAGCUUAUUCCAAUGUCACCGCAUACUGUAUAUUAAAUCGUACUUGUUUUCUGGAAAAUAACUACAAUAUCAAGAGUGAUGAAUUGUACUGGGAAGUUGACGAUCGGCGGUAUUCAACAGAGCCAUAUAACCGUCAUCAAUGAGACACAUCCAGGGUGAUCUACCAGCCAAACUCGAUCUCAGUCAAUUUGCUCUCCUGCAAAUACAGAUAUACAUGGACAGAUUAAAACGACACUGAUGGGAACGUUCAUCCAUGUAGGCUUUCCUCCUGAAAAGCCUGAGAACCUGUCAUGCAUAUGUUAUAAUAGAGACAAACUGACAUGCACUUGGAGACGUGGCAGACCCAACGAUGAUCCCCACCACAUACAUCCUGAAACAAUCAUGGAAGGGAAUGGACGAGGACUAUAGCCCUGAAUUGAUGCAAUACAAGCUUAAUAGCUACCCUGCUGCUAGGGCAAGGGGGAGAAGCUCAACUCUCUCCAAAAAUGACUAUCCCAAAAAACAGAUACCCUCAGGGUACAGGAAAGAAGAUAAACGGCCUGAGUGUAAAUCAGAAAAUGACACUUGCACGUUGUACUUUCCAGAUUUUCAGUUGUUUAUUGAUACCACAUUCCAGGUGGUAGCCACAAAUGGUCUUGGGACGGCUGAAUCCGAUGAACUUAGACACGAUAUUAUUGACAUUUUGAAGCCCAAUCCCCCAGAAAUUGAAAAGGUGGUUUCCUUGUCUCAGCUACAGAAGGCUCUGAAGAUUGAGUGGAAGAAUCCAUUAAAGGAAUCUCUAUUCCCUAUCAAAUACAACCUCAGAUACCGGAAGAAAGACAGCAUAGAGUGGGAGCAGGUACCUCCAAAUGACAUUGAUAAAACCCGAAAUUCAUAUACACUGCAAGAUCUGCAACCUUAUACAAAGUAUAACCUUUCCCUGCGCUGUAAGCAGCAGAACAAUAAAGGAUACUGGAGUGAUUGGAGUAAAGAGUAUGAAGCCAUGACCCCAGAGUCUGCUCCCUCACGAGCCCCAGAAUUUUGGAGGAAGAUUGGUGAUCCAGAUAGUAAUGGUGUCCGGACUGUUUGGUUAAUGUGGAAGGAUUUGGGGACUUAUGCUAAUGGAGAAAUAUUGGGAUACAAUAUAACCAUUGGAACAUCUAAAAACUUCCUUGAUGCUUAUGCUGUGCCAAAACAUGAUCGACAAUACAAUGUCACUGUCCCAAAGGAUGCUGUUCAAGUUUCAGUUGUUGCCUAUAACGCAUACGGUGUAUCUCCUUCAUCUGUUCUAGUUAUUCCAGAUGUCAAAAACAGAGUGACGCUUCCCUCUGAAAUUGACGUAAAGGCAUUUCCCAAAGAUGGAAAACUUUGGGUGGAGUGGACAGCACCGACUAAAAGUGUUCUUGGUUACGUAAUAGAAUGGUGUGCAAACUCCGAUUCCCAGGGUUGUGAUGUGGAAUGGCAGCGAGAGCCAAGCACUGUCAAUGGGACUUUCUUGAGAGGUGACCUGGAGCCAUUUGUUUACUACCUGAUCAAAGUUUAUCCACUAUAUAAAAGUGGCACUGAAAGACCAAGAUAUGUGGCGGCCUAUCUCCAGCAAGGAAUUCCUGAGGAAGGACCCGUUGUUCGUCACAAGUCAGUGGAAAAGACAAAAGCAGUUCUUGAAUGGGAACCAGUUCCCUUGGAGAAACAGAAUGGUUUCAUCACAAAUUACACACUGAAAUAUGAAGCCACAAAUGGCCCAGUAAUAUCUGUCACAUUGAAUUCCACUCAGACUGAGUACAUGAUGACUUCCCUGACUGGUAACACAGUAUACAGCGUCAGUGUGACGGCCAGCAAUGAGAUCGGAGGGAAGGAAGGCUUACCGUUCACCUUUUCCACCAAUAGGUUUGACACUGGAGAGGUUGAAGCAAUCGUGGUUUCCUCUUGUAUCGGUUUUCUGUUACUUGUGCUUAUUGGAGGGAUCCUGCUUUGUAACAAGAGAGAUCUGAUUAAAAAACACAUUUGGCCAAAUGUUCCAGAUCCCUCAAAAAGUAAUAUCGCGCAAUGGUCUCCCCAAACACCUACAAGGCAUGAGCCGAAAAGCCAUCCCUUCCAGGACGGUAGUUUUACUGACGUCAGUGUGGUGGAGAUAACCGCUGAUGAGAAGUCUUCUUCAUACAGUAAACAGGACCUGAAAUCUGUGGAUUUGAUAAAGAAGAACACAUCGGAGGGCCUCAGUAGUGGCAUUGGAGGCUCUUCCUGCCUGUCUUCCCCACAGCUGAGUAUUUCAGACUCUGAUGAGGUUGAAUCGGGUCAGAACACAUCUAGCACAGUUCAGUACUCUUCAGUCAUUAUCAGCGGAUACAGGGGACAACAGCCAACUGCUGCAGCCCUACCAACUUUCUCCAGGUCUGAAUCAACUCAGCCUCUGCUAGAGUCUGAAGAGAGGCCAGACGAGCAGCCGGUCUUGGCCGUACCAAACCAGUAUUUUAAGCAAAACUGCACUCAGGAUGAUUCUACAGGCAGGCUUCAGGCCCUGCAGCAGGAGAACCUUUCCUCUCAUAUACAUGAGCAAGAUCAGAGUCCGCAACUAGCUGGACUUGGCCAUGAAAUGGACCCUGAAGGCUUUAAUGCCGGGCAGAAUGUGAGUCUCGAAUGUCAGCCAGCAGAGAUGGACAUGGAGAUAAAGAGCUAUUUACCACAGACGGUAAGGCGAGGGGGCUACAUGCCCCAAUAGACUUUGAGAGCCUUAUGUCAGAAUUUGGACUUCAUUUUUUAAAGCCACCAAAUGGAGGAGACUAAGCCAGGCCUGGUGCAUUACUGCUUCAUCUUUAAACUCAUGAUUACCAAAGAGAUCAUUGACUUUCAGUGAGGCUGGGUUCGCACUUCUCUGCUGCAAUGCAUUGCGUAACUGUACAUGUUAAUGCAUGUAAAGUGUCUUAGCGCAUUGUGGUGUCACUUAGAAUGGCAACGCUGCUUCAAUGCAGGUGCUUUGCCGUGCACAGUAAAGCACUACUAUGCUGUGUUGUUGAAAAUGGCAGGUCUGUUUGUGUGUUUUCACAAUUGUUAUUUUUGACUUUUGGGUGCAUUUUUAAUUUCUUAUUCCCUAAAUUUUUUUGGGAAUGUUUAAAAUUUUACAGGCACUAAUCGAGUAUACUUUCUGUAUCAAUCUUGAUUGAUUAAAUCUGCUUCUAUGCAACUUUCAGGUUUCAACUUCCCACAUCAGAGCUUGGUUAUUUCAGAAUACACUGUUCAUAACAGGACAGUGAUAACCCUUUAACAGUACAAGUAUGCAUGUAUAAUUUUAUAUGCAUGAUAUAUAAAUAAAAUCUGUAAACACGAUUGACAAAAUGUAUAUAUGAAUAUACUGUAAGUGUUCAGAUAAUUAAAAUCUUAAUGCACCCCA